UUGAUUUUCUUAGAAGCCGACGUAAAUGAAAUUUCGAGGAAGAACGGAUAUCCACGAACUCAUCCACACAAGUUGUGUUCUCUGCGUCAAGAACUGAUCGACGCGUUUCUUGAAUAUCGUUACAUCGCGUUCGUAAAGAUGGCAGCUUCUUACCUCCAGAAACUGAGGGUCAACAACGACGGUGAUAUGAAGAAUAGUGCAGAAGUAAUCAGUCCUGUGAAAAACAUGUCAGGCAGUAGCAAGAAUGUGGGAGUCAACGGUUUCGAUAAUAACGCUAUCGGUGAUGAACGUUUCGAGUCGAUCGAUGGUACGAAAGCAACGACGGUCGUGAACGGAGAGAUUGUGAACGAACUGUUGUCAUCGGUUUUGAUGUCAAGCUUGAAGGCAUCAUCACAGCUAUUUGCGCCAUCUGCCGUUUCGAAAGCUGCCGCCCUGGGCAAUUUGGAAUUGAGUUUUCUGGACGGGUCAAAAUCUUCGUCGCUGAACGACGCGCUCCCCGAGAUGAACUGCUACAGCGACGUAACGGACAUCGUUCAGUUGUAUAGAGACAAAGAGAACGGAAGUAAUUGUUUUGCGGCGUCUUGCUUUUCUUGCUUAAUGGCAAGCGUCGUUUUCUUGCAGUUGAAUUGGCCACCCGGGAAGUUGUGCGGCGUGCCUCCCAAGCGGCUGGAUCCUUAUCCGAAACAGGUUUUGUCGUUCUUCCUCGUAGUCAUUAUUUUUUACAAGCUGAACUUUUCAGAGUUUGACAUUCGCUUUAACCCCGAUUGCUAUUCUUCAACGGUCACUCAUUCUGACGAUGAAAAUCUGCAAGCGCAACAGCAAGUGGUGAAGGAUGCCGCCGAGUUUUUGCUUACCUCACAGAUUCCUAAUUUCGUAAUUUCUCUGCGAUGCUUCUUCUUUUAUUUUAGCUCUCGUUUCAGAUCGGCGACUGCCUUAAUCACUCUUUUAUUCCUCUUGACGGAAUCAGCCUAA